CGGCAGGAGCCCAGGGGAAGGUUUUACACCGGGGCUACUUGCAGAGCCAAAAUUUUCCACCCGGUGUCCCGGGAGCUGCCGUGAAGCCGCUGCCGGCGGGGCCUGGGCAGCAAGGAGGUCGCGGGGCUGCUGAGGGGCCGCUGUUGCCGGGCCCGCCUUGCCUGGGCCCGGCCCGGCCCGCCCCGCCGUGUGACGCGGCCGCGCUCCAGAAGGUUCCUUGGCAACGCCAUUUUGUGGCGAGCUGCGGCGCGGCGGCGGUGCUGUGGUGGCGGUUCGCGGCAGCUCGGAGGAGGACGGCGGGUACCCCCAGCACAGCGAGUACCCCGAGCAGCACAGCGGGUACCCCGAGCACGGCUGCACCCCGAGUUGCUGAGUUACAGAUGCGGCAUUCCAGGCAAACUAAUUAUCCUGACUGGGAUGAAAAAGAAAGUUGGGAUCACAGAAGAUGUGACAGUGGUCAUAAGAGGAAGAGGAGAUCGUUUAGUGGUACACAGGAGAAUAAGCACUUCAAACAUGAUCUUUCUAAACUUCCUGAUAGUAACUGUUCAGAAUCCAAAUCCAUAAAUGAGAGAGACCAUCAUGAACGACGCUAUGUUGAAGAAUACAGAAACGAGUACAACCAAGGAUAUGAUAAUGGACGUCAUCACAGAGACCAUGAAAGUGGUUAUCACAACCAUAGUAGCAAAUCAUCGGGAUAUAGUGGGAGGAGUAGUUACAAAAGGAAAUACAAGACACAUCACAGUGCCUGUCAUCAUCAUUCACAAGUGAAGAGUCAUCGAAGGAAAAGAUCCAGGAGUGUAGAGGAUGAUGAGGAGGGUCACCUGAUCUGUCAGAGUGGAGACGUACUAAGUGCAAGAUAUGAGAUUGUUGCUACUUUGGGUGAAGGUGCUUUUGGAAAAGUAGUGGAAUGCAUCGAUCACAAAGCGGGAGGUAGACACGUAGCUGUGAAAAUAGUAAAAAACGUUGAUCGGUACUCCGAAGCAGCACGUUCAGAAAUACAAGUACUGGAACAUUUAAAUGCAUCAGAUCCCAGCAAUACAUAUCGCUGUGUCCAGAUGUUAGAAUGGUUUGAGCACUGUGGACAUGUCUGCAUUGUUUUUGAGCUACUGGGACUCAGUACCUAUGACUUCAUUAAGGAAAAUGGGUUUUUGCCAUUUAGACUGGACCACAUUAGACAGAUGGCAUAUCAGAUAUGCAAAUCUGUGAACUUUUUGCAUUUGAACAAACUGACACAUACAGAUCUCAAACCAGAAAAUAUUUUGUUUGUGAAGUCUGAUUAUGUAGAAGAGUAUAACCCCAAACUGAAACGUGAUGAGCGUACACUGAAAAAUCCGGACAUCAAAGUUGUGGACUUCGGGAGUGCAACAUACGAUGAUGAGCAUCACAGUACUUUGGUGUCUACAAGACAUUACAGAGCUCCUGAAGUUAUUCUAGCACUGGGAUGGGCACAGCCAUGUGAUGUUUGGAGCAUUGGUUGUAUCCUCAUAGAAUACUACCUGGGAUUCACUGUAUUUCCGACCCAUGACAGCAAAGAGCACCUGGCAAUGAUGGAGCGAAUACUGGGGCCUUUGCCUAGUCACAUGAUACAGAAAACCAGGAAACGCAAAUAUUUCCAUCGUGACCAGCUGGAUUGGGACGAACACAGUUCUGCUGGUAGAUACGUCUCUAGACGCUGUAAGCCACUGAAGGAAUUCAUGACAUGCCAGGAUUCUGACCAUGAGAACCUCUUUGACCUCAUACAAAAAAUGUUGGAGUAUGACCCAGCCAAACGCAUUACUCUUGAAGAAGCACUAAAGCAUCCGUUUUUCUUCCCCUUGAAACAAGAAAAAAAUGAGCUGUCUCCGAUAGCUGAGCAUGCUGAUACAGAUGGUAUCAGUCCACCAAAGAAACAUAAAAGAUCUUAAAUAUUUAUUGUGUACAGUUACUUUGUAAAUGCCCUAUUUUGUAUUAAUGCCUCUCUUUGGAUACUUAAGUUUAACUUAGCUGCUGACAUAAAAGUUAUUUAAGAAAAAGAUGCUGAUGAACCUGAUCGUGUUUCCUUAAUAAAAUCUCAAUACAUUUUUUUAUAUUAAUACAUGGAAAGAGCACCAUCCAUCUUAUGAAAUAGACCUCUCCUAAAAAGGAAAAACAAUAUUACGUUUUUUAUUGAAUUGUUCCUAGAAUCAUAGAAUUGUGUAGCUGAUGUUUUGGGGGGUGGGAGGGCUAAGAACAGAGACAACCCUCUCCAUUAAGUUUAAGGAUGGCUUUUAUUUGUUUUUUAAAAAAACUGAAGUUACAAGUUAAGGAAGAUCACUUUAGUACUGAACAGAUUGCACUGUCAUCACCAUUUCUUUUUUUACUUUAAUAGGUGUACUCUGCUUAUAAGUAUUUCA